AUGAUGUCGGCUCUUAAACUGAGCGCAACCGCUUCUAUCUACGUCCGUUCACCCACAGCCACCGCCUUCGCCGCCGCCAAACCCCUCUUCCUCUCAUUCUCAAACUCCAUCACUUCCAGAAACUUCCACCAACACAAACGCUUCAAAUACACCCCCUCCACAACCAAAUUCCCAAUUUCCAAUAAACCCCCCUCUUUCUCCGCCAAUUUUGGGGUUUCCGGAAAAACCUUAGUUUCAACCGUUCCACCACAGCCACAACCAGAACAACAACAAGAACAGUCCCAACCUUCCAAAUUGCUCACUCUGCCCACCAUUCUCACUCUCGGCCGUGUCGCCGCCGUGCCGCUUCUUGUUGCUACUUUCUAUAUGGAUGGUUGGCGAGGAACAGUAGCUACUACCACAAUCUUCAUUGCUGCUUCUGUUACUGAUUGGCUUGAUGGUUAUAUUGCUCGCAAGAUGAAUUUAAAAUCUUCAUUUGGUGCAUUCUUAGAUCCUGUUGCUGACAAGCUUAUGGUUGCUGCUACUUUGGUUUUAUUAUGUACUAGACCUUUGGAGGUUGGUUUCUUUGCACAAGCACCCUGGUUACUGCCUAUACCUUCCAUUGCCAUCAUUGGUAGAGAGAUUACCAUGUCUGCUGUCAGGGAAUGGGCCGCUUCCCAGGAUAGUAAGCUUUUAGAGGCUGUUGCUGUAAAUAACUUGGGGAAGUGGAAAACAGCCACGCAGAUGACUGCAUUAGCCAUCCUCCUCGCCACCCGGGACUCGAGUCAUGGAGGAACUGCUUUUGUAGUUGGGUCUGGUGUUGCUUUGCUUUAUACUUCAGCAGGGCUUGCUUUAUGGUCAUUGGUUGUAUAUAUGAGGAAAAUUUGGAAGGUGUUGCUGAGGUAG